UUUCAGGUGGAGGAAAGUUUUCGCAAUCUUUCCGCAGCGAUAACUAUUCAUGUAGAAAGCGUGUCUGAGAAUACCAAUUUGUCGGUACUAAUCAACGCAUCGCAUGGAAAGGUCCACCUAGACGGUCAGAAAACGCUGAAGAACCUCGAAGACUAUGGAAAGCCUACAAGCGCAAAAAAUAUGGAUGUCUAUUACCUUUUUGUUUCGUACCAGAUGGAUAAGCACGACCAAGCUGCAGUCGUCUCUAUGGAUUCAACCGGAGUGGCCUCUACAAAUGGAACUUUGUGCACGGAUCAACCAAGUGCAGCAGUCGUCCGGCAUUACUUUCAGAAAACAGACUUUUAUUGGAGAACUGCGAAAGCUUUGGCGUAUAUUUGUGGCGCCCAGCCCAUCUCUUAUUUUACAUCGCUUACACCAAAGAACUUCACCGCGGUGAAAGACAAGCUCUCACGCUGCCUAGGAAUGCGUGCAGAAGAAAACCACCAACCUGGACAUAGCCAUCACGCUGCAGCAAAACAGAGAAGCUGCAAAAUGGAGUUCCUACUGUAUCGUCAUGCUAACAGCAGAGGCAGCGAGCCAAGUCUCCUGGAGAACAUGCGCUCCUUGGUGCUGCUAUGGGUGCAACUGGGUGACACAGUGGCCGAUGAUUUCAACACCGACCAGUGGCGCCAAAUAACGCUUCAAAGCAUCAACAAUAUCGCAGACGCCCAUCUGCGACUCUAG